AAUAAUAAACUUUUCUAUAAAAAGCGGUUUCUCGUAGAAGAACACAAUACUAAUUAAGUUAUUUUAAAUAACUUAAUUUUAAUUUAACAGAUUAAAACCGCAUGCAAAAAAAUGGCAAAUCGCGAAAUAUUCUCGAAGCUCAUCAAAUCAAAUGUUAAAUUAUCCACGCGUUACGAUGCUGAAGGCCGGGAAGUGCAGGUGGAGAGACGGGAAGAUUCCGAUGCCACAAUCAAAGAACAAGAGACUUUUGAUAUUUUGAUAAAAGCGGGUUAUUAUAGAGCGUGUAUAAAAGGACUCUCGGCUUUUGAUAAAGUGGUAGGCGGUAUGACUUGGUGCAUCGAAUGCAUGUGUGAUUAUGAUAUUGAUAUAGACUUAUUAUUCCACGAAAAUCUAACAAUUGGUCAAAAGAUAGCUUUGGUUGAAAAAAUAGUAGCCGUGCUGCCCCAAAUGAAGUGUCCUUAUCACAUUGAGCCUCAUCAAAUACAGGGUUUAGAAUUUUUGUGUAUACACCCAGUUAUACAAUGGCUGGUUAAGAAAUCGGUAGAGAAUAGAGAGGAAAGGAAUUUGCGUUUAAAAAAAUUUGCCGUUGGUCAAUUUCACAAUCAUUAUCAGUACAAAAGUGACAAAAAGAAUUUGGAAAAGAUGCGAAUUGCUUCUAAUUACAUUAAAAGGAUACAACAAAUUUACACUCCAAUUAGACAUUACCAGUGCAAGGACUUUUCCAUCGAAGACGAGAAAACGCGUGUUCAAAUGACGCUUUUGGAAUAUGAUGGGACUUUGGCCAAUCACGUCAGCGAGGAAAAUUCUGCAAAUGAUGAAAAUAUAUCUUCAAGUCAGGAACUUAAAUGUGAAAAAUUAUUAAAAAAUCUUUUUUUAAUUAAUGAGGAAGAUCAGAAUCGAUUCUCACAAAAGCUAGAUACAACGUUGCGUACAGCUCUUAAGAAACAUUAUCGAGAAUUUCAGCAAGAAAUGCAAAUCGAUGCGAAAGAGUUGACAGAACAAAAUCAACUGGCAGCAUUAGAGACCGUGAAGUCGGCAUUGCAACGCAAAGUUGAACGCAAUCAGGCGGACUUGCAAGACUUAUUACAAUCGUUACAAGAGCAGGAAAAAUUAGCGGAAAAGGAUGUGGCACAACAAAAAAAGUUGGAAGCACAAAUUGAAGAGUACAAAAACGUGGAAGCAGGAGUCAAAACCGAAUUAGUAAGUGAGGUGCAAACACUAUUAACACAACAUGAUGAUUUGAAAAAGGAAGAGUCCGAAUUCAAGGAGCAUUGCCGCAAAGAUUUAGCUGAACUGCAACAACAAAUUGAAGAAUUGGAAGCGUUUACAUGCCAAAGUCCUGAAGAGCGGGAAGCAGCGAUAUUCGCAGAAAAGGAACGUAUUAGAACAUUGAAACUACAGUUGGCAAAACGUAAUCGUGGUAUUGUGGCUAUACAGCGACAACUCGAUAAUAUACCUGAUCGUACUGAAUUGGCUCAAUAUCAACGCCGAUUUCAUGAAUUGUACAAUGAAAUGAGCGUUAAGCAUUUGGAGACAAAACAGUAUUACACGUUUUACAAUACACUUAACGAUAAAAAACGUUAUAUGGAAAAAGAACUAUCAUUGCUAAAUUCCAUAUGUGAAGCCUACAAUGAGGGUAUGAUGAGCUCACACGGCCGUGAAGAAUUUAUUAAACAAUUUGAAACAAUUGUACAUGGAGUCAAACAGACGGAAACGAAAGUUCGUGCUAAAUAUAAUGAAGAGAAGAGACGACGUGAUAUGCUUACCGAAGAAUUGCAAGGUCUAAUCGAGUUACAACGUCAAUAUGCGACCGCUGUUAAACAACUAACUAGAGAAUGUCAACGGUGCGAACAAUUGCAGCAACAUCUCAAAUCCAUACGUAAAAAAUAAUUCGACGUUAAUUUGUAUUUUUAGUGACACAUUUUUUUUAUUAAUCGCUUAAGCACAAAGUUAAAAGCUAUAUACUUAUACUGUAGAUCAAGUAGCGUCAACCCUGAGAGAAGCCGGGUUCUCGUUUUU